GUGAUGGCUUAGACAACAGCGUGGGCUCCGGUGAGGGGACAGCAGACGAGGAUGACGACAGAGGCUCCAAAAGAAAUAAAAAGCGCGGGAUAUUUCCGAAAGUCGCCACAAACAUCAUGAGGGCCUGGUUGUUUCAGCAUUUAUCGCACCCCUACCCUUCAGAGGAGCAGAAAAAGCAGCUAGCACAGGAUACUGGACUAACAAUACUUCAAGUCAAUAACUGGUUUAUCAACGCCAGACGACGGAUAGUCCAGCCAAUGAUUGACCAGUCCAACAGAGCGGGACCUGGUGCUCAUGCAGCUUACAGCCCAGAGGCAGCCAGUAUGGGAUAUUUCGACAAUCAACACAUGCAAAUGGGAGCCCAUAGACUUCAAGCCGGCCAUGACCUGUACGACCCCAUGAAGGCAGGAUACCCACACUUAGACCCCAGUCAGCGUUACGACAUGUUCGCCAUGCAAGGAAUCCACCGACCAGAGAUGUACGGCGCCCCGCCUUCCUCCUACGCUCAAAUGGCUCAAUUCUCCUCGCCUGUCCACUCUCAGGCCAUGCUCAUCCCUGGACAUCCACACCAUAUGAUGAUGGGACAUGGCAGCCACGGUAUGGCUCACCACGGGAUGGCCACCGCUCAAAGUCCACCGCUCCAUAUGGAAGGAAUGGGCAGCCACAUACAGGACAUACAUGCUGGAUAA